CCACAACAUGGCCCUUUGUUUAUUCAUUUCUCGCCCAGUGUUACCUUGAGUUCAUAAAGAACUAUUUGUUUUUCUCGCAUGCCUCCACGGGGAACAAAGAAACCAAGGACAAGCUGGACAAGCAUUUUGUUUUUUUUCCUCAUAAAAUUAUGGUUUUCUGACCAGAUUUACGAGGGACAACAGUGGCCCAUUGUACCAGAUGGGCAGCUCUGGGACUUAUUUUUUUUUCAGAAAAGGGAAGAAGAAAAAACCGAAAGAGGACAUCCAUUCUGUCUGCACCCUGACACAGGACUGUGAGGCACUGACGGAGGCAGAAGGGGGCGCUGUUGCGCAGCUAGAACAAAGAUGGGUUCCCAUGUUUUUUCAUGGGAGUUAAGCCUUUCAGGCAGCUUUUCCACUCAGGCAGCCUUUCUGUCUUCGUAAAUAUAUAUUUAUUUAUUUUCUACAGCAGACAUAACUCCACCACAUAUCGUCUACAUUACAACAUAUUGCACAAGCUGUCAGAUAUCAACUGUGGGAGUCACCAGGCUCGAAAGACUCGGAGGAAAGGAGGUGCUGCCUGGGAGACCGAGUUCAGGACCUUCAAGACCCUUGGAGACAAAUCCAGAGACACCAAAAUCAGGAGGAAGCCCCGGUUUGAAGAAAGCCUUCCUCAUUUCAGUGCUGGACUGGACCUCCUCAGCAGGUAUGAGGAGAGCUGGUUUCUGCUCCAUAAAAGAACCAAAGACUGUGCUCAGACUGCAGAGGUAGGACCAGCACACUGUUCACUUCUUUAAACACCAUUCAUGAAUCACAAUGUAUAAGGAAGCGUCUUCUGGUGACGGUGGUGUGUUAAUGGAGCUGGAGUAUCAGAUAAAAACAAACGCAUGUACACAUGGCAGCAGGUUCACAGAAUACUGUCAGACACCAGUGUUGGCUCUCCAUAGAAACCUGGUUUUAUACUCAAAUAUCUUAAUAUUUUAGAGAAACGCUACUCCGCACAAGUUUUUAACACAGUAAGCUAGAGCUGAAAGGAUUCAUUUAUGGGUCAAUCUACGGACAUUUUGUUUGAAAACUGUAGCUGCUUCACAACAAAGUGAUAAGAAAUUGGCUGGUUGAAAGCUUUGAUUACUUUGAAGCAGUGACAGGAGCUGUUGUGUUCUGUCCUGUGUGUGUGUGUGUGUGUGUGUGU